AUGGCAUGUGACACGACCAGCGAGUAAGUUUUAGAAGUUCUGCCGACAAUAAUAUCUUGGUUGUUUCUGCAUAACGCGAGCUAGAAUUCUUGCAUAUGCCUUAGAAAAAAUUGUCCUGAAGGGCGUAGAACAUCCUACUCGACAUUUCUGACAAGUUGCAUCGACAUUUCUGACAAGUUGCAUCGAAAUCCUAGGUGGCGACAUUUUAUACGAUAAAACGUUUUUUCGGAUAAAAAAUCGGUUAUGUGGUCAAAAAUAACAAAAGAAAUAUUCGAGAGGUCCUAGAAGGCUGGAAUCUUUAUAUUCCCCAUGUUUCUAAAUGGGUGACAUUUUAUACGAUAAAACGUUUUUUCGGAUAAAAAGCUAAUAUCUUGGUUGUUUCUGCAUAACACGAGCUGGAAUUCUAGCGUAUACCUUAGAAAAGAUUCUUCUGAAUGUAUGAAAAGUUUCAUCAAGAUCUGAUAUGAUUUCAGCAUCUUCUUCUACAUCCUGCUGGGCAGCCUGGGCUAUUCGUGUCUGAUGCUGCUCUGCUGCACUUUGUACAUGGUCGUCUACCGCGCCUACUUGCGCCACCUCUACCGCAAGACGGCCAAGGUCGAGGUGGACAAGACGAAAAUGAAGGAAAACAAGAAGACGCGCGACGCCGCGAAAACCAGCAAGACCACCACCAAGACGGACAAAAAGAGCAAAACCAGCGACAAGAAGGGCGAUUCGAAGAGCAAGGCUAGCAAAAAGGGCGACUCGAAGAGCAAGGCUAGCAAAAAGGGCAAGAAGAAAUGA